AUGGCGAAUUUCGCGCUACUCAGCAUCUCCUUGUCGUUCAAGUCUGUGAUAUCAUCGAAAAGAAACGACAACGAAAGAGAUGAAGACGAGAGGAGUGCUUAUUUAGAGGGAGCACAAAGAAAAGAGAAUUUGAGCGGUCAACCUCAAGAAAGUAGAAGAUUCGAAGGGAAAUGUUAUAACUGUGGAAAGAAAGGCCACGUAGCGAGGAAUUGUUGGUCGAAGACGAAGUCAGCGGAAGGAAAUGCAGUCACGUCGAAUGAGGUUCACAAAAGUGAAGAUGAAUGGGAUCUUGAAGCACUGUCAACCGUAAUUGAAGAAGAAGAAGUUGGUGAAGAAGUCGAUAUGGCUUUAACGGCAACAGUCGUUGAGCUUGUCGACUCAGAUGAUGAGUGGAUAGAUAACUUGGGAAGCUCAAGUGACGAAACAAAAGACAUGAAGGAAUUAUCAAAUCCGGUCGAGUAUACUGAAGAGCGUACGACGACAGUUGACAACUUGAUGCUGCCAAUCUCUGACACUGGUGAGAAAGAAUCGGCUAAAGAAGAUAGAUUUGAAGACGAGCUAACAAGUCACAGGCAAGUCAACAAGCAUUGGAAAAGAGUAGAAGAUCAGCCAAGUGUUAAGAACUCACAAGCCCAUAGAUCAGCAGCAAGAUCGAGCAUUUUUCGAAACAUGCUAGACUCGGACGUGUGCAAGGCCCCACCGAACUACACGAUAACUCUUCCGGAGUUUAACCACGAUGAGUUGAGUUCGCUCCUCGAGUUUCUAUACCGAGGGUAUCUCCCGAGAGAAAAGCUCGAGAGGCACGUGUACACUUUAUUGGUUGCUGCGGAUAAAUACGAAAUCCCGUUUCUCAAGAGGUUUUGCGAGAUCUACAUGUUGGGCUCUUUGAGCACUUCAAACGCACUCGAUGUAUUGGAAAUAUCCGACACGUGUUCCAACCAAUCGUUGAAGGACACGGCUUUGAACUUCAUCGUUCGAAACAUGGAGGACGUGGUUUUUUCCGAGCGUUUCGAUGCUUUCGCGCUCAAAAAUCCACAUCUAUCCGUGCAGAUAACGAGGGCUGUCGUUUAUGGAGGUAAGAAAUAA